UCUUCCUAAAGAAUAUGCGAUUGCAUGUGUGUAUUAUCAAUGGUUAAAUUUCUAUACUACAAUUUGUCAUCACGGGUUUGCAAAUUAUUUCAAAAGAUCAUCUAAAAAUCAUUAAAUAGCAAUGACAAGUAAAAAGGGACAAACACAUCGACUUGAAACAGAAAUUGACAAGAAUAGAGAAGAAGGGAAUUGGAAAAAGGUUAUUGAAUUGGCAGAACAUCUAAAAACGUUAGAUCCGAGCAGUGAGUGUCUAGGAAAUUUUCUUUGUGGCGAGGGAAGAUUAGAGAGUUUUUUGGAGCAAACACCACCGAUUGAUGCCAAUGUGGGGAAGUGUAGAACUAGUCUUGCUGAAACAAAGAGAUAUUUACUACUUGCUGCUAAUGAUAAAGAUAAUCAGGCACCAGUUGUUUUAGACGCCCAUCUUCUUCUUGGAAAGCUUCAUUAUGCAAUGGGAAUGUAUGAUACAGCAUUAAAGCAUUAUCAGCAAGCAGAAUUGCAUACACUUACAGAAAAACAUUUGCCUAGUCGAAGUUUGCGUAUAAUUGCUGAGUCCUUUGCAAUAAAAGGUCUGUGUCUUGAGAAACAGCCUCCAAAUUCAAAAUCCAAGUACAAGAUUGCAGAGUGGCAGGAACAGAUGAUUAAAUGCUUUGAAAUUGCUGGGGAUUUAACAUUAGUGUAUUUACAAGAUCAGGAUAAGCAAGCACUGCAACAACAAAUUGGUACCUCUACUAUAAACAGCAAUAGCAUAGGAUCAUAUUCUCCUCAACCUCCAUACAGUUCUGUAAAGCAUAUUGGUCCAAUUCUAGAAACAGCUCUUCAAAGAGCUCCAAUAUUUCAUAUCCAAGCUGGGAAUAUAACAGCUGCUAUUAAUCGUUACAGAAAUAUUUUAUCCGCUGUGGAGUCCACAGCAACCCAAAGUUUACGCCUUACAUUAACCAGACAAUUAGCAGAAAUCCUUCUACGAAGUAUUAGAGGGACCCAUUACAAUCCUUUAGAAUUACCUGUGGAUUCAUCAGGCAUAACGACUAGCAGUCGCAAAAUGAAUCAAUAUUUGAAUGGUGGGUCGUCAGAAUCUCCAUGGAAACCAAAAAAAUAUUCCGGGCCGAAUUUGUUUAUUCCAAGGAAUGAAUACGAAGAAAUCAUUCUGCUUCUGUUGAUUAGCGAAGCAAUGGCAGUUAGAGAUACCGUACUCAGUCAAUCUCCAGAAUUUAAGGAAGCCAGGAUACGGGCUUUUGAAAACGCUACUGCAGUUUAUGACCUUCUUACAGUUGUUGUUAUCCGAUGGAGUCAAGUUGAUUUAUUAUAUGAGUCAUUUGAGAGGGCCAUGAAAUUCUCUCAUGAAGAGGUGCAUGUGUGGACUCAAUAUGCAUUGUGUUUAAUUAGCCUUGGAAGGUAUACACAUGCUUACUCCGUUCUUAAAGUGGUGGCGAGGCUAUCACCGCAGAAAGUUAUGCCCUGUUUAUUAGCAGCAAGAGUAUGCUAUGAGCAAUUAAACUCAAUACAGGAAGGUAUUGAUUGGAGCCAAAAGGCGUUACAACGAGAAAUGGCAAAUCCACAAGGAUUGCAAUCCAGAUGUCAUUUGUAUAUUGGAAUUGGACAUAGCAUACUAUCCACUACUAUCAUGCUCAAGCAAGAUAAAGUGACCCACACUAACACUGCCUUGGAAUGUUUUCAAAAAGCACAGCAGUGCGAUCCAAACGAUCACCUGGCAGAAUAUUAUUUGGCUCAUAUAUACGCUGCAAAUCGUCAGAUAAACGACGCAAUGGUGCACGUAAAAAUUGCAUUGAAUCUGCGUUCCGAACACAUCUCCUCGUUGCAUCUGCUGACGCUGCUACUUUCCGCCUACAAGCAAUACCCCGAGGCUCUUCAUUUAAUAAACAGUGUCCUAGAAGAAUAUCCAGAUAAUCUCAAUUUUCUCUACGUAAAGGCACAUUUGGAGUUGCAUACCAUAGGGGGUGUGGAGGCCCUGGCUACGAUAAAACAUAUGUUGUACUUGUGGAAAAAUCUCUACGAGAAUCAAACCAACGUAGACUGUAAUGAAUUACAGAGCGAAAAACGAAGCGAAACUAGAAGCGUUUUUCAAUUAUAUACGUCGGAAAUGUCCGACAAGGACUCAAGUUCGUUGCGUGCACAAUCAUUGGCAGCUUCUAGAGUAGAGCACGCUUUGUCAGAGGUAGCAUCGUCUCUCAGCUCUUUUACUCCGAGACCUGGACCCCAAAGGGCAUGGCUCCUGCAAUUACAAGUAUGGUUGUUAAUGGCCGAGGUGUUUUUGGUGCUGGACCAACCAGAGGCUGCUACGUUAUCUCUGCAAGAAGCCACAAAUAUAUUCCCAUUGAGCCAUCAUAUUAUGUACAUAAGGGGACUUCUACACGAACACAAAUUGGAGUACGUGGAGGCGAAGCAAUGUUACCAGAAUGCGGUUUCCAUUAAUCCUUCCCACAUAAAGAGUCUGCAACAUUUGGGUUUGAUUUAUCACUACCUCGGGAGCCAAAGACUGGCCGAGAAAACCUUAAGGGAUGCCGCGAAGAUCGAUCCCAACUCCCAUCAAACCUGGUACAAUUUGGGGAAGGUUUUGGAGUCGCUGGGCGAGGUAGAGGCUGCGAGCGACUGCAUGGCCACGGCGCUGGAGGUCGAGACGACCAAUCCCAUUCUGCCGAUACUGUCGAUACCGGUUACUUUUGAGUGA